UCUAUAAAACCCAGGGUCUCCAGCGCUGCCCACUGUGGCCGUGUCAGACCUGCUUUGCUCCGAGCGUGCUGAGAUCUCCCCUCUCCUCCAGAUCCAGACAUGAGGCUGCUCUGCGUGCUCUUUGCUGUGCUCCUGCUCUUCUCCAUGGCCGCCCCGGGGCACGGGCAGCUCAAAGGCAUCUGCAAAGGGUACUGCUCCUCCGUGUGCGAAAAAAAGGACAUGUGGACGAUCCACCGAUCCUGCAAGAAGGCGUACUGCUGCCUCCCCCCUCUCAAAAAGGGAAAAUGAUGCCCAGCGGGUCCAGCAGUGGAGCAGGAGAGGCUCCGGCAGCAGAGCUCCUGGUGCUGUAUGUGCUGCGUGACGGGCGGUGUUUUUCGCUUCCAAAUAAAUACGAGUUGACGUGA